UGCGCUACAGGCUCCACACGCACAGAGUCUGCUGCAGCAGGUUCACAAACCGAAAGCGUGAGUUUAAGCGUAUUUUCAGCUACGACUUUACGUGAAAACAAAUAAAUAAAACGAAUUUAAAAUAUUAAAAUUCUAUCUAGAAUGAACUAACGUUAGCAUCAUAUCUGAGGAGUAAACAUUUUCACGCUUAUUGCAACUGCCGAAAUACAACGAAGGAUACGCAGGGAGUAUUUUAAAAAGAAAUGGCGUCGUGGCUGAAGAAGACUGGGGGCAGACGACCACCACCACCAGCUCAUAGCGGAGGAGGGGGUCCAAUACCUCUUCGGUCUUACCGAAUAUCACCUUACCCCAUCAAGGAGGACAGAACAGAAGAUCUCCUGGAAUCUGAAAGUUUUGAAAGCCAGGAAGAAGGCAGUGAGUACCCAGGCACACAGGAAUAUAAGCAUUCACCACAUCAGUCAGCUGCAGCUGAUUCACCAGAAGACUAUGAUCCAUCGGAUCAACGCACUGCCAUAUACAACAAGUUCCACCAGCAGCUGUAUGGAGAAGGUGCUAAACAGCCUGCCGACUGUAUCGUCUUGUCUGUGAACAAUCAGAAUGUGGAUUACCCCAAAUCCAUAGGCCAGUGUUUGCAGGAACGUGGCCUCUCGGUGGAAAUGCUUUACCUGCAGGCGGAAUCAGGCCUCACCCGUGCCCUCCAAGAUGUCCGUUCUGACGGUUCCCCCUUAUGUAUACUCGUCGAGCAGACUAAUAUAACACUGUCCUCGUGCACUGUAAUCAUAUUUUCAGAGUCCCUCAAAAUACAUAGAAACAUGCCCAAAGAACAGGCUUUGGAGUUUGUGAUGACGGAGUUUGGCCGCAUGAACGCUGCAAGGCGGGAGCCGGACCCCACGGAGGCAACGGCACGGGUGUCUAAGCUGACGGAGGACUUCAUGGAGCGGGCCAAGCUGGAGCGCCACGCUGUUCCCCCUGCCAUACGCCACCUGCUCUUCCUCCUGGCCGAAGGUUUGCACCUUUACUCAGAGGAACUUACCACUCUGACGGACUACCUUCAAAACCGCCAGGACCAUCUGCAAGAAUCGUCCUCUGAGGUACAAAGUGAUAGGUCUCCUGUGGUGAACAGUCUGCCUCCAGGGUUAGGAAAGCCCCCUCCUCUUCUUCCUGUUGGAUCUGGACCUUCACCAAGAGAACGGACAAACCCACCAUCAGGCUCGGGCAACACUCCUAAAGGUCACGUGGGAUCACAAGGCUCUUAUCCCAAGACAAAGCCACCACCUCUGCUUUCGAGACCCACUGCCUCCCACGAUCCAAUACCCUUACGUCCCAACCGCUUAAGUCCCCAACCAUCUAGAGGGCCACCUUAUGGUCCUGACAAGCCUCUUCUACAAACUCCCACACGUGGUCCUCUGCUUAGCCACUCAUCUCGUGGUUUCCACUCCACUCGUGGGCAUCCGGUGUCUCAUUCAGUGCGAGGACCAUCUUUGAUCCGUGGACCCCCACCACAGAAUGGCCCGCGUGGUUCUGCUUUACUACGUGGUCCAAGACCACCACCACCUUCACUCAGGAGCCUUCACGUGGGAGCUCCAACAGGUUCACGUCCACCUAGGCAUCUGCUUCCUUAAUUCAUUUAGGACACCUGAGAAAAUCAAAGGGCAGUAUGAGUACAAGUUGGAGAUUUUGGACUUUGGGACGUUUUAUAGGUUGUUGUUGUGGUUUUGUUUUUUUUAAGAAUUUAUCUUUGUUAGUUACCCUUUCAUGUUUGUUUAUUGUCAAAGGUUGUUGGUUUGGGGAAAAAACUGGAAUUGUGUUCUUUAUGGUUUUCAAACAUGCUCCCUUCUACAGCUGUAUACAUUUUUGUAUUAUAAUAAAUAUCCAAUUUUCAUGGUCUGGGAACAA